UAUAUUAUUUUUAACGAAUUCUAUAACUUGAAUAUCAAAACCACAUUAAUCAGAUCCACGUUAUAAAUUUUGUCUGUGCUCUUAACUUCAUGAAAGCCUAUGCAUAUUGUAAACACAAUCGCAAGGUCUUCAUUUUUCAUAAUUUGCAAAUAUUUGUUGAGAAAUGCAACCAUGUUGUUGAAGGUGUUCGUUUUGCGCCACGAAGAGGUUUGCUUUGUGCGAACGCGUCAUUCGUGAAAAAAACUUGGUGGUGUUCGGACUUGACGUUCCUGUGUCGAAAGCAAUAAGUUGUCGUGCGAGGAAAUUUUAUGAAAAAUUACAGAUCGAGUGUUAAAUCCAUUCCAAGGGUGUUAUAGAAAUUAUUUUGCAUUUUCGUUUUACUUGUGAAAAAAUUUAGAAUAUAAAAAAUGGCUGGUGGUAAAGCUGGUAAAGAUUCAGGCAAAGCUAAGGCGAAGGCAGUUUCUCGAUCAGCACGAGCGGGGCUACAGUUCCCAGUUGGUCGCAUACAUCGUCAUUUAAAGAGCCGCACAACAUCGCAUGGCCGCGUUGGUGCAACGGCUGCCGUAUAUUCUGCUGCAAUUCUGGAAUACUUGACUGCUGAGGUGCUGGAAUUGGCAGGAAAUGCUUCAAAGGAUCUUAAAGUCAAACGUAUCACGCCGCGUCACUUGCAGUUGGCAAUUCGUGGUGACGAAGAAUUAGAUAGUCUGAUUAAAGCAACAAUUGCAGGUGGUGGUGUAAUUCCACAUAUUCAUAAAUCAUUGAUUGGCAAAAAAGAGGACAAUGUUCAGGACCCACAGAGAAAAAAUACUGUCAUUCUUUCCCAAGGGUAUUAAUUCUUAUUUUAAUAAUAAAAUUUCUUUUUAACAACUUAUGAUAAUUUUCGUAUUGUUAUACAAGUAAUAUUAAUUAUCAUAUAAUUUUUCUUAAACGGAAAGCCUAACUUUAAACAAAUAUUUUACACGCAAAAUAAGAAAUUGAUGAAAGCAUAAAAUAAAUAAAAUGUAAAAUUGUCGAAAUUUAGAGAAGACCAAAUACAUACUAGUUUAAUCAAUAACAAAACCAGAAAA